AUGGAUUCGUGGAGAAGUGAACCUGAAUGCCCUCCGCUCGUUAACCUCUCUUGUUGCCCUGAUAUGGUUAACCUCUCUUGUUGCCCUGAUAUGGUUCCAUAUCUUCUUGGAAACAAAUCAGUUUCUGGUCUUCUAAGGAUUUUGGACACUGACAAAGAAGAAGUUUUGAUUAGGGCGGUCACAUGGAUUCUGUGUACGACGUCGGCAGUGGAUGCAUUGAAUUUGACCUAUGAUCGGAUAGCGGAGCAUAAUUUGGACCCAUUUCACAACCCAUCUCACACUUUAUUCUUCUCAAUAUACGGACCGAAAGGAAGAGAAGAAUUGGAACUACAAGCAAGACAUCUCACUAACCAUUCGAAUAAGGAUGUGGCCAGUAAAUCGGUCAGGCUACUGGAAACUCUUGCUAAUGUCCCCCCAUUCCCAAUGGCUGGAAAUCAUCUAAACCGUCUCUAA